GGGAGGUGCUGCAGCAAAGAAAAAAAUGACACAACGUGUUUAUUUGGUUAUCUUACUUCUGUAUCUCAGAUUAAUGUAUCCCCUUGUAACUGGAAUUUUUAUGGAUAAACUUGCCAGCAAGAAGCUGUGUGCUGAUGACGACUGUGUCUACACCAUUUCCCUUGUCAGAGCAGAAGAGGAUUAUAAUGCUCCAGACUGCAGAUUCAUUAAUAUUAAAAAAGGGCAGUUGAUUUAUGUUUACUCAAAACUAGUGAAGGAAAAAGAAUCUGGAGAAUUCUGGGCUGGAAGUGUUUAUGGAGAACAGUAUGAAGACCAUAUGGGGACAGUUGGUUAUUUCCCUAGCAGUUUAGUCUCAGAACAACAUGUCUAUCAAGAAGCAAAUAAGACAGUUCCUACAACGGACAUUGAUUUCUUCUGCGAAUAGUGCUGAAGAUGGCUAGGUUAUCUCUAGGGUGCUACAAGAAAAGCUGACAAAGAAACAUGGACCCCCUCACUGAACAUAUGUAUUUUUUUAAUAGAUGUUUAUAAGAUAAGUAGUGUUUCAAAUGCAAAAGUUGAUUCAAAGGGAGUUAUUUGGGGUAGGAGGAAUGGUCUCAUACAGGACUUAUUCUUUAGAUAUUUUUUUUACCUGCAUAUUCUUUGCUUGUUAAUAAACCUAAUAGCCUUUGAAUUAUUGUAUGUCUGAGUGGCAUAAAUAUGCUAUAUAUAAAAUGGGAUGUGCUAUCUUGACCUGCAUUUUCCCAACAUAACCUUAU